CUCCAUGGAACUGCUCUCUGGGUCUCUCUUCCUGCUACUUUGCGUCUGUGGGGUUGUCCUCCUGGGCUUGGCAUGGAAGGGCAAAAGCAACAAGGGCCUCCUGCCCCCCGGACCCACCCCGCUCCCCAUCCUGGGGAAUUUUCUGCAACUGGACCCAAAUAACAUGAUCAAGUCCCUGGAGAAGCUGAGGGAGGCCUACGGCUCGGUCUUCACCGUCUACCUGGGGCUGCGGCGAGUCGUGGUCUUGUGCGGCUACAAGGCGGUGAAGGAAGCCUUGGUGGACCAGGCAGAGGACUUCAGUGGCAGAGGGCAGCUGCCGUCCUUCUCCAAGGAUUUCAAUGAGCAUGGGGUGGUCUUUGCCAACGGCGAUCGGUGGAGGCAGCUCCGGAGGUUCAGCCUCACCACCUUGAGGAAUUUCGGGAUGGGGAAACGGUCCAUCGAGGAGCGGAUCCAGGAAGAGGCUCAGUGCCUGGCAGAGGAGUUCCAUAAGACACAAGGGACGCCCUUUGACCCCACCACCGUCAUCAGCCGAGCCACCUCCAACAUCAUCUGCUCCAUCGUCUUUGGAAAUAGGUUCCAGUACAACGACGAGAAAUUCAUCUCCUUGACCAAGCUGAUCACAGAACGGUUCCGCGUGGGCAGCCUGGCCCCAUCUCAGCUGUACAAUAUUUUCCCGGAGAUCAUGGAGAAGAUCCCCGGAUCCCACCACAUGGGCAGCAAAUGUUCCCAGGAGAUCAUCCGCUUCAUAGAGGAGAGGGUCAAGAUACUGCAAGCCUCGCUGGAUCCCUGUGAGCCCCAGAACUUCAUCGACUGCUUCUUAGUUAAGAUGGAUCAGGAAAAGAAUAACCCAGAUUCUGAAUUUUGUAUGGAGAAUUUGGUCAUGGCCACCUUCAACUUGUUCUUCGCUGGGACGGAGACAAUCGGCACCACCCUGAGAUAUGGAUUCCUCACCAUGCUGAAGUACCCGCAGAUUCAAGAAAAACUCCACGAGGAAAUCGAUCGAGUGAUUGGGAGGGACCGGAUCCCAGCCACUGAGGACAGGAACAAAAUGCCUUACAUGGAGGCUGUCUUGCACGAGAUCCAGAGAUUCAGCGAUAUCCUGCCCAUGAGUCUUCCGCACGCUGCCACGAAAGACAUCAACUUCAAGGGAUACGUCAUCCCCAAGGGGACCUACGUCUAUCCUUUGCUGAGCAGCGUCCACUAUGACUCAGAGCAGCACUCCAACCCUCAAGAUUUUGACCCGGGGAGAUUCCUGGAUAGCCAAGGCUGCUUCAAGAAGGUGGAUGCGUUCAUGCCUUUCUCAGCAGGGAAGCGUAUCUGCAUGGGCGAAGGGUUGGCCCGCAUGGAGCUGUUCCUCUUCUUCACCACCAUCCUGCAGGCCUUCACCCUCCAGUCCCCUGUGCCCCCCAGCCAGAUCAGCCUCGCACCGGCGGCCGUGGGCGUUGGGAAGGUGCCCCCAACAUACCAGCUGUCCGUGUCCCGGCGCCAUCACUGAUCUCUCCCUUCCUGCGUUGGGGAGCAAGAAGAUCUCGGU